AUGCCUGAUCGAGGCGACGCUAAACCGGAGUGGGCACCCCACGGACGAACGCUAAACCGCAAACAGGGAGCUGCCGAAAACGGCGGUGCUCUGGUAAAGCCGACUUACCCAACAAUCAAGUACGAGUACGGCCUCGACGGACAAACAGAAUACGCAUACACAGCGAACAACCAGAAGGACUUUUCUUUCGGUUCCUCGCCUACUAUCGACUCUGUUGGUGAUUCAAUCUGUAACCGUUUGCGCAGCCCGUGCAAUGCGCCCCAGGAGACUAUUGAUCAGUGCUAUGCGGCGCAGAGUGCGGUCUCGGGGCUUUCGGGUCAGGAGGCGGCUGAUACUUGGAAUAAGCUUAUGGGUUGA